AUGGCUUCUCACCCUCAGACCAACGAGCUCGACGCAUCUGCCUCUGCAGUGGCAUUGCCGAAGAAGACGCUAUCGAGGGCUGACCUGCACCGCCGCCGGUCGACAGACGAGCGGAUUAACAACAUUCUCGAGGCGGUCUUCUUGUGCGUGUUCCCCCCCAUCUCGUUGCCUCCAUCCCCAUCUCCAACAUCGUCUGUUCCAAAGCUCCGGGGAUCGUCUUUGACAAGGAGGACUGCACUGCGCGCUACAACUUGUCAAUUCCGCUACGUUUAUACGCAGAAGAAAAACAACAUGUCGCUAACGGCAAUCGCGUCGACAAUGCAGACGGCUCUACAACGAGCAGAAACGAUGGAUCCCGCCUCUUUAAGUCUUCUCCAGAAAGGCUCUUCCCACAAUUCUUCUCCCAACUAUGGAGCCUCCGGAACGGCGACAAGAGGAAUUCUGCAAGACUACCAGGCGGUACCGACCAGCGAUGAAAGCGAUGCCACCCGUUCGAGAAAGGUUUCAUACGGCGAUGCGGCGAGGAAGGCCGGGAACCAUACAAAAAGCCAGAGCUCUCUGCGGCAGCGAAACGGAGUCUCCGGCUCGGAGGAUAUAGGAUCGCCAACAAAGGCAAGGCCGUCAUGGACGAAGGAAACAUUUCGAAAGUUUCAGUCCCUUCAGUUGGAAAACAAGGGAAGCGUGGCUAGAGAUCACCUGGCUCUUGAACGUACAUUUCUGGCAUGGCUUCGAACCUCUCUCGCCUUUGCAUCGAUUGGCGUCGCUGUGACGCAGCUAUUCCGCCUCAACACUGAUAACGCUUCCGCCUCCGGAUUCGACCACACAAGGCUACAAAAGAUGGGACGACCGUUGGGUGCGACAUUCCUCGCCAUUAGUAUUGUGACUCUGCUCCUCGGUUGCAGACGAUAUUUCCAUGCCCAGGAAUGGAUCCUUCAGGGCAAGUUCCCGGCAAGCCGAGGGACCAUCAUUAUCAUGUCACUGAUUGCAUUGGCCCUCAUGAUUUUGUCUCUAGUGGUGGUCAUUGUCAUCCGACCAUCAUAG